AUGGUGAGGAAUUGCUAUUUGGGGCUUUAAUUUAACAACAAAAUAGAGGAAGGAAAAUAAAAAAAUUAGUUCGAAUUCUUCUAUUGCCACAUAGGAGGAGAACACUUCUAGAAAUUUCAAGAUGGAAAGAAAUCAUCUCCCCUAAAGAUCGAUCUUGUUAAUUUAUUUACAUUCAUUCCUGGUAACGUUAUAAGUCACUUUACUACUUAGUCUAUUUUAUAGUUCUAAAUUAAAAACAUUCAAACAAUUCCGCUGUUAUCACAUUUUCAUUAUAAGAAAUAUGUGAAAAAUAAGAAAUCAAUAUCACUAGUGUUAGCCCAAUUUGAUUUCAUAAAUCACUAAAACUAGAAAUAUUUGAGAAAAAAAAAUGUGCUCCAAUACAUUUAUAAUAAAUCGUCUAGAACUUACAUUAUAAUUGAUAUAUAAUUAAUAAAAAUGUUUGAGCAAAGCUGCUACCAAAAGGAAAACGUUCCAAUACUUGAUUAAAUUUUUUAGGAUUUGAUAUAAUAUAGUUAAAUACCAGAGAGGGAAGAUCAAUCACAACACAAAUAAGCAAUCUCAUCAAUAAAUAAUUUGGUUGUGCAAUUCUAAUAAGAGAAAGAAUUUAAGGCAGAUUAAUGUAAAAUUGUGUUAGAAUUAAUGAUGGACUUAAUCAAAAAAAAUGAUAAAUUCUCAAGGAAAAGCAUUUAGAUAAAAGCAUGGAAUAUAUAUAUAACUUAAGAAAAUUUAUCAAAGAAUCUAACAUAGUGA